AUGGGUGGCAUCUCGCGAGUCCAGAUCCCACUCACGCCAGACGGGACAGACUUGAAACCGUGGGGCAUUGAAGCGAUUCUGAAGGAAUCAGUCCGAUAUUACCACAGCAGCAGUAGCUUAGUCGAUAUUCAGGCUGCGGCCCAUCUUCUCCAGAAGCUGCACAUUCUUUUCCGGGAUUGUGAACAGAUUCUUCCAUAUGAAGAAUGCGAAACGGUCUUCAAAACUUACAAUGAGCACCUGAUUCGGCACUCGAUGGACCUCGAGGCAGCAGAGCUCCGCCUAUUUUGUGUAUCAACAUAUCCUGCCGUCUACGAAUACGCUCAGACAGAUUCAUUCAUCAACGUCUACUGCUACACGUGUCAACGACCCUUCGAAAAUUCCACCCAAGAUAACAGCCGCUGCUAUCGCUGCAGCACACCUCAAGCACCAUGCUCUAUUUGCAUGAGCCUUGAUCCACCCCCAGAAUGGGUAUCAGAGCAGCAAAAUCCACCAACCACUUCAUCCUUCACGAGUACUGACCCAGACUCCGAAAGCACUUCGACCCAUUCGGCACAAUCCUCAGUUCCCACUGAACCCAUCCCAGCGUCGGAGAUGGAUAUUACCGAGCCCUUCACUGUACCUCGGCCCAAAGGCUCUGCCCUCUGGGCCUGGUGCCAAGGCUGCGGCCACGGCGGCCAUAUAGCCUGCAUCACAACCUGGCUCGGCGACAUCUUAACCAGCGAAGGCGGCUGUGCCACAGCCGGCUGCUCGCAUGACUGCGGGCCUGGUCCACGUCGCGAAAUAAACCGCCAAGCCCUGCAGGCGGAAUCCAAACGUCGCGACUCUGCUAGUCGCUCCGCCGGUGUCGGGCUUGUCAAGCGUGAUCCCUGGACUAAGGGUGAAAGUAAGGCUGUCGAAAAAGUCCGCGGCAUGCUGGGCGUUGCCGGUGUUGCCGCUGCCACCGGUGGCAGUGGUGCUGGCCCGAUCACUUUGACAAACAAUACUUCCUCCCCGGCGCCGGUUUCGCCCGGCGCCAUGUCGCCUAAAAGAGUGCGACUUGUUACCCCGAAUGAGCAAGAGAGGGAAGGUGUUGCCUCGGCUCGCACGGGUCCUCCUUCGAGGGACUGA